GAUCGAUCUAGUAACAAUUUUACGAACGAGUCUAGCUCUUUUAUACGGAACCUUCAAUCGGAGAAGGAACCUAAACUUUCUCUUGAAUAAAAUCCGAGAACAUCUGAUUUUAAAUUGAUACGAAAUCAUAAUUAUUGGUUAAAGAUGGCUAAAUCUUCUGAAAAGAAAGGAAAGAGUGCAAUCAAUGAAGUGGUAACUCGUGAAUAUACUGUACAUCUUCAUAAACGUCUUCAUGGAGUUGGUUUUAAAAAACGUGCACCUAGAGCAAUUAAAGAAAUUCGAAAAUUUGCUGAAAAACAAAUGGGUACACCUGAUGUAAGGAUUGACACACGUCUCAACAAACAGUUAUGGUCUAAAGGAAUAAGGAAUGUUCCUUUCAGAGUCCGUGUUCGAUUAAGUAGAAGAAGGAAUGACGAUGAGGAUUCAGCAAAUAAAUUAUAUACGCUUGUAACAUAUAUUCCUGUAGCCUCUUUUAAAGGUCUUCAAACAGAAAAUGUGGAUGCAAGUCAAGAUUAAUAUCUUUGUAUUCAAUAAAUAAAUUGAAACAUU